CCGCCUUUCUGCCCAGCCGGUGUUGCAGUCCGACGGUCCGGGGCAGAGGGGACGGGAGCUCGGUUGGACGCGGGAGCGGUUCACUGACCAGCGUUACACGGCAGGUCACGGCAGGUCACGGCAGGGCACAGAGACAACCGGCAGCCAUCGAGAGAUUGAAUCCAGCAGUUACAAUGGCAGACAGCGGGAAGACUAAUGAGAGUGGACCUGCAGCAGCAGAACCAGCUAAUGGACACCAGCAGAAUGUUGUUUCCCGAGUGAGCAACUUACCCCUGGUCAGCUCAGCUUGUGAGGUGGUUUCCAGCGCCUACAGUAGCACCAAAGACAAUGUGCCCUUACUGAAGGGAGUGAUGGAUGCAGCAGAGAGUGGGGCCCGAACCCUGGGGGCAGCUGCCACCACCGGAUCCAAGCCUCUUUUGGACAUUAUAGAACCACAGCUUGCCACAGUAAAUGAGUAUGCCUUAAAAGGACUGGAAAAGAUGGAAGAGAAGCUCCCCAUUCUUCACCAACCAGCGGACAAGGUGGUGUCGGACACAGUAGGUAUGGUGUACCAGUCGGUGGCAGGCGCCAAAGAUGCUGUGGUGGGGGCUGUGAUGGGUGGUGUCGAGCUGACCCGGGCAGCAGUCAGCGGAGGUAUCAGCACCGUCAUGGGCACCAGGAUGGGCCAGAUGGUCAGCAGUGGGAUGGGCCUGGCCCUCAGCCGAUCCGAGGACUGGGUUGACCACAACCUACCACUUACUGAGAGGGAGCUGGCUGCUCUGGCUGAACCUGCCACCAGUGAGAUGACUACCCCGUCGGACAGCCCCAGCUAUUUUGUCCGCCUGGGGAAACUCUCUGCCAAAGUACAGGAGCGAGCCCUACAGCAGUCCCUGGUCCGUGCGCAGCGUGCCAGGGAUGCUACCUAUGCAGCAGUGGCACAGAUUACCAGUACUCUGGACCUGCUAGAGAGUGCCCGCACUAGCCUGGGUGCUGCCAGUAACCAGAUAGGAGGAUCGUCAGAGCAGCUGCUGCAGCGCUGGACAGAGUGGAAGCAGAAGCAGGCCGGAGCUGGACAAACUGAGUCGGAGCCAGAUGGAACCAAAGAUGAAUCCGAGCAGCUGGAAUGGCGGGCCCUCUCCAUGGUGCGUGGUCUAAGUGACCAGCUGCAGUCAGCGUGCUCCAAUGUGGUUUCGAGCGCUCAGGGUCUGCCCGCUGCAGUCCAGGACCAGCUGACCAGCGCAAGGCGGUCAGCUGAAGAACUACACUCCUCCCUGGGGAGCACCAACUCUCUCACACCCCUCCUUCUGGAGCGGAGCCGUCACCACCUGACCCAGGUUCAACAGUCAAUGGACGGUGUCAUGGAGUAUCUUCUAAACAACACACCCCUCAACUGGCUGGUGGGACCCUUUGCCCCUCAGAUUACCGAAAAGGCAGAGGGAGAUGUGGCGAUGGAAGAGGCUGGCCCAAACAACUAGACUCCAAAACUUUGUUGUGUGUUUCCAUGAGUUAAUAAUCAAUAUGGUGACAGAAAUGUGGAAUUUACUCUAGAUGGACCGUUUUAAAAUACAUUUGCAUCUGCUUGAUUUAAUGAAAGAGGCCUUAAAUUCAUGUAAUUAUGUUGCCUUCACGAUUAGCUAAAUUUGAACUUAUUAGUUAAUGACACUACAUUUGCGAUGUAGAAGUUUGUAAUACUCAGUUAUAUCUGAAAGCUCUGACCCGUGGCCUUAGAGAAUUUAUACGGUUCUGUACUUUAUUAUUUAUGCUGGAAAAGAUGAAAGUAUUUUUACAUCUGUUGAAGGUCGAUCUAUGUCUGUGCCCAUACUGCUGUUUGGAAGGCUUGUUAGUGCCUGAAAAGAAUUCAUCCCAGAUUUAAGCCAAUUUUUUUUAUUGCCAAGGCCAUUUCUGGGGCUCCCAGGUUCCCCUUAAAAUAGGACACAUGCACGCAUCUUUUGUGACAUGUAUAAUUCAUCUUGCAUUUAAUUUGUUUUUAGAUCUACGGUUUUAAUUUCAGGAUUUAGAGUCAGAACUUUGAUGUGUUUAUGGGGGCAGCUAAUGAACCGUCAAUGAACUGUCAAUAAAUU